GCAUGAAGACUCGAAGAGGCAACAGCAACAACGGCGGCAGUAGCAGCCAUCACCGAUGGCGGGACCUCCCGCGCUCUCUCCUGACUGGGCCGGCGCUCCUCCUGGGGGCGCUCGUCGUCGCUGCCGUGUCCUCGGGCGGCUCCACCUCCACCUCCUCCUCCCCCAGCGACCACCACCAGCAACAAUUACCCAUCCACGACGUGGCUCUGGACCUGAACGACACCCACCACCUGUUCUGGCGGGUGGACUACCAGGAGCGGACGAUCCGCUUCGAGGUCCACUCCAGGCGGAGGGGGGCGUCGCACCCGUGGGUCGGGGUCGGGUUCUCGGAUCGCGGGGAGGCCGUCGGGUCCGACUACUGCGUCCUGUGGACCGAUUGGCACGGCCGAGUCCGAUUCCAGAAUGCAUUGAUUGACAGCGACGGUCGGAUGGUCGUGGCGUCGCACCAGGCCUGUCGGGACUUCCGGUACAAGGUGGCCGACGGCGUCCUCAAAUUCACCUUCUCGAGAUCCUUCGACACCUGUCAUCCGGGCCACUACCUCAUCGAGGGAGGCACAACCCACGUCUUAUGGUCGUGGGGGGCUGGCCCCCUCUACCGCCUAGGGGGCGUCCGAGCGGCCGGAGACUCAAACGGGCUGGUUCGAGUCCAGCUUUUGAAACCGAACCUGCCUACGAACAACCACCACAGGAAGGAGUGCAAGGUGAUAGAGAUUCGAUCGAAACAUGUGGAGGUCCCUGGUGAGGAGACGACCUACUGGUGCACAGUGGAGAGAUUGCCCGACGACUUCACCAAGAAGCACCACAUCCUGGAGUUUGGCCCCGCCAUUCAACCUGGCAAUGAGGACUUGGUCCAUCACAUGGAAGUCUUCCACUGCGAGUAUCCCCCGGAUUUCGAGGUCCCAAGAUACCAGGGUCCCUGCCACGCUGCCGACAGGGCACCGGAAAUAGACGCUUGCAAGCGGGUUUUGGCAGCCUGGGCGAUGGGGGCAUCUCCAUUUGUAUACCCAGAGGAAGCAGGUCUACCCAUAGGAGGGCCGGACUUCAACCCAUUUGUCAUGCUGGAAGUCCAUUAUAAUAACCCAGGACUUAACAAGGGUCGUGUGGACAGUUCUGGAGUUGCAAUCCACUACACUUCGAGGCUGAGGAAACAUGACGCAGGAAUCAUAGAGUUGGGGUUGGAGUACACCGACAAGAUGGCCAUCCCACCCAAAGCAGCCUCCUUCACCCUCUCGGGUUACUGUGUCCCUGAGUGCACAGCCCUGGGUCUUUCUGAGGAGGGCAUCUACAUCUUCGGGUCGCAGCUGCACACCCAUCUGACGGGCGUGCGGGCGUGGACCAAACAUUACAGAGGAGAGGACGAACUCCCGGAGCUCAACAGAGACAACCACUAUUCCACCCACUUCCAAGAGAUUCGGAGGUUGCCCAAACCCGUCCAUGUUGAGCCGGGUGAUGCGUUGAUCAUGUCCUGCGAGUUCUCCACCGCGGACAGAGUCAACGUCACUGUGGGCGGUUUUGCCAUAAGCGACGAGAUGUGUGUCAACUACGUGCAUUACUACCCCAAGGUGGACCUGGAGGUGUGCAAGUCCUCUGUGGACACGAAGACACUCGUGGAAUACUUCGAGUUCAUGAAGAGGUGGGAGCUUCAGCCAACUUCUCCUGACCUGGGAUGGAGAGGGAAUUACCAUGCCAUCCAGUGGACGCCCCUCCGAUCCGGAGUUCUCCACGACAUGUACUUCAAUGCACCGCUUUCCAUGCAGUGCAAUAAGUCCUCGGGCGCAAGAUUUCCAGGUUACUGGGAAAACAUCCCAAUCCCCAAAGCUUUCCACCUCCUACCGGAACCCACAAGAAGAUGCAAGAAAGACGUCGUCUCCGAAGAAAACGAGAAUAGCCUAGACAUAGAUGGAAGGGAGACUAUAUGAAAUUGGAUGUCCCGACACUUUAGUGUUGUUUCUUUUUUGAGGAACGAGUAUCAUGGAUGAAUAAAGCUGUUGUGCUGUUUUGGGGGUGUUGGCUGAUGGUUGGUACGAGAUUUUGGAAUUUGUUGGUAUUCUGGUAGAUGGAGAGUUAAAUCAUUUCCAGAGAAAAUGUUGUUAUUAUGUUGACCUCUGUCGUAAUCUUGUAGCCCGUUUUUUUCUGAAGCACAACUCUGAAAUUGUACUUCUGGAAUAAGAUGGCUCUGUCACAUGAGAUGUAAAAUGAGAAUGAAUCUAUUCCUAGGGACGCUUCCAGUUAUACUCACGCCACUUUCAGAGUAUAACAUCUAUAGCUAUUUGAAGUUUCAAUGCCUUCAAACUUCAUAAAUAGUAGAUUCUUUACUAUUCUGAGCAAGAGAAAAGCGGAAAUAGUAAUUUUGUGGAUUAGAUUUUUUUGUUAAAGUUUUACGUAAUAUGUAAUGGCACUGAUUACCUAAAACUGUACAGACCUUAGUUGCAUGGGUUUGAUGGGAAGUAAAUGUAUACAUCAAAUUGUUCUAGAAGCAACGGAUGGUAUAUCAUACAGUGCUGAGGAUGUGUACUACCUAGUCAGAAUGUUUUAAUUUUUAUUUGAUACCAUCCAUGACGUAGAAUUAAAAAAAGACUAAUAUAUAGAAUGAAAUUCAGUCUUCGUAUUAUGGUCGCGUCUCAGAAAUAAACUACCAUAAUGCAUAAAGAGUCCAUUCUACCUCAAGAAAUAAAACUGUGGAAACAAAGGUUGAUAAUAGAUUUUAUCCACAAACUCUUAUGAAAUUCAGUCUCGUUUUCAAAGCUCCUUAAGCCAAGGUUCAGGUUUCAUAUACCCUAGAAAAUAUUUUGCCAGAAAUGAUAUCAGAGAGCAUACGAAAUUUAUUGGAAAAAAACUUUUUACUUAACUUGAGACUUGGUGUUUCAUUUAUGGUUUUUGUAAUGUAAAGUGCAUUGAUCAGUUCAGUAUGAAAGAGGCCUAUCAAGAAUCACAAUAAUAUUUCUCUCAGCAUCUCUCUUAGAAUACUAACCCUUGCAGUUACAUAUGUCUUCCUGGUGUGAAUCAAAUGUAAGGAACAAUGCAGCACUGUACGUAGUACUAGCAUAGUACCAUAGUAGCGUUACCAGUUUGUCUUUGUUAGUGUUGCAAAACAGAUUGCACAUUUUGUUCUUCUACAAUUCACUGGUUAACCUUCACCACAAAGUUGAAACGACUGAACAAACAACAGAGUGACUGCUGUAUGUCACCCGUUACUCCAUGAUAAAUUUUGUGCUGUUUUCUGUAUAAACCUGUAUAGUAGUAGUACUACUACUGCAUCUUAUCUGGGUUCUCUCCGUCUUUAGGACGUUGACUAACUGUUAAACAAGAACAACUUAUCCCAUUGCUUCGAAAGUCAGGCAGUUGAAAACGUUGUUGUGGUGUUUUCCUGACAAAUACGUGGAAACGUUUUCGCCUGAAGGCUGUGGCAGAAAAUGUCUGCUCUGAUUGGAAACCAAUAAAAACAUUCAACCACUAAA